GCCCUGAGCGGCUCCUGACAAACAAAUAUAAUGAAGACAUCUGUGACUUGAUGAACUCAUUAGUGAGUAAGAACUGAAAUGAACAAACAAACAUCCUGAGAGAAUUUGUGAAGCACACACAGCAGAGAGACGCCUCAUGUGAAUUACGUCAGCAGAGAGAAUAUGGCAGUCGCAGGGCCUCAGUGUAUAAACAUCUCAGUGUGCAGGCAGGACGGCUCAGUCAGGGACAGACAUGGAGUGGAAUGGACUGAAACUUGGCCUUUGUUAUCCUCACAGUAAUACAUCUUGUGUUAAACUGAUUUUUGAAACUGAAGUUUAUGGACUUUGUUACACUUUCUCAUGUCUUUUGCUUUUCUCGACAGUCUUUGGAAAUCUUCUUGUCAUCAUUUCUAUUUCUCAUUUUGUUCAGCUGCACACGCCGACUAAUCUUCUGAUCCUGUCACUUGCAGCGGCCGAUUUCUUAGUGGGUUUAUUUGUGUUGCCCAUCUGUUUGGUUCACCUGAUUGAAACUUGUUGGUACUUUGGAGUUGUUUAUUGUUAUUUCUAUCAGACAUUUGUAUAUGUUUUUAGCAUAGUUGUGAUAUAUAAUGUGGUUUUAAUAUCCAUUGAUCGCUACAUUGCUGUCUGCCAUCCUUUCUUUUACAGCUCAAAAAUAACUUUAACUGUUGCAAAGGUCAGCAUUGCUGUAGUGUGGCUGUUUGCAGUUUUAAUUAAUGUCAUAGGUUUAAGUUUGAGUUAUUUUGAAAUAGAGGAAUGUGAAGGAACUUGUGGAGUAUUCACUUAUUAUGAAAUGAUCAUUUUUCUUUUACUCAUAUUUUUUUUUAUUCCUUAUUCACUGAUGAUUGGUUUUUAUAUAAGAAUAUUUGUAGUUGCAAGAAGCCAUUCAAGAGCCAUCAAGUGUAUGAUAGAAAAGAGGCAAACUGUGGAGUUGAGUGACAGAAAAAUAUCAAAACCGUCUGAAAGAAAAGCCGCAAAAACAUUAGGAGUAGUCGUGGGGGCUUUUAUUAUCUGCUGGCUGCCUCUUAAUAUCUACAAUUUUUUUAAUGACAGUAAUAACCUAAUCAGAAAUGUCAUCAGGAAUGUCUUUGUGUUGGUCAAUGAAGUGAAUUAUGCAGUUAAUCCAAUUCUUUACGCUUUUCUUUAUUCCUGGUUCAGAAAAGCACUGAAAAUCAUCCUGACUUGUAAAAUAUUUAAUCCAGCUUCUUCAGUGCUCACUUUACUGUAAAUGGUAUAGAAAAAAAAAAAGUAAUUUUCUGAGCUUAAAUGUUUAAAAUUAUUUGUAGAUUAUGCCUUUGCUCAUUUUUCACAUUAGCAGUGCAAUACUUGGAAAUAUUUCUUAACAAUACAAUCAUUUCAUAUUCGCUGUAUUGUUCUGAAAGCUGUUUUUGUUACAAUUGUACUCUGUUCAUGUGGAGUGUACACUAUUAAUGAGUAUUAUUUAUUUUACCACAAAUAUUUUUAUAAACCUUAUUCUUCCUAUUAGAAUGUGUAAUAAACAGAACUGAAAAUGUACGAGACUCCUGGCAAUUCCUAGGAACACUUCAAGGUUUCUUGG